AAUAUAUUGAUCAUCAUGUAAAUUCUAAUAAUCAUGGGAUAAAAAUCCCAUUUAGAGUCGGUCAAUGAAAAUGAAAAUAUUUAUGAUUAUAUGAGCAAAUAUGCAAAGCUGUCUAAAGAAUAAAUUCAAGUAAAAUUGUAAUUUGAUGGUGAAAAUAUCGAUCGAAAUAGUUUGUUCAAAGAAUAUCAUAAUAAAAAUAAUCUCAUAGCAUUUUAUGUUUCAAACUUUGAAUAGAAAUCUAUAUCAGAAAUUAAAAAAUAGCCUAGCAUUGGAUAAUAUGGGUUUUAGAAGUAAUAGAUUUACGAAUCACCAGGAUUAAACAACAACAAUUCCUUAAAGUGCUUAAAUGAUGAACAAAUAAAUAAAUCUUCGGCUAUGUCUUUAGAAUCAUCAUAGAAUGUGGAAAACUUCGUCUCUCUUCAAUCACUUUAAAUUACAUAAUGUUAUUUUUGUUAAUAAUUAAUCAAUGAUGAUGAAUAGGUUUAAUUGCCAUGUUAACAUUUUUACCACGUUAAAUGUUUAAAUAUUCUUGUUGAGAAUUAAUUAAUAUAAAAAAAGCCAAACCUACAAUGUUUAUGCAAUUAAAAAGUUUAAUUCUAAAUUUUAUAUUUAUUGGGUGAUAAGUAUAACGCUGAAGCAUAAAAAUACAGAUUUAUUUUAAAUUAGCUUUAAUCAAUAGAAGAGAGUUUAAAAGUUUAUUAAUAAUACAGAAAAUGCAAUAAGAGUAAGAUUUGUAACUUUUUCUAUCUUCAUUAAUCCUCUUUAAAGGAAGAACAUAAAAUUUGCCCAAGUUGCUUAAUAGCAAGUUGAAAAUGAU